AUGUGUUUAUUGGGCAAUGGGUUUGGUGAACAACAAUGCGGUCGAUCGAUGGCCUCACGUAUAGUUGGCGGCCAGACUGCCUCCCGGGGUGCGUGGCCCUGGAUGGCCAAGCUCAAUUACAUGUUCAACACAUCUAAAGGUCCGAACACUGACGGCGCUCAAUGUGGAGGUGCGUUGAUCAGCGAUCAGUGGAUACUAACGGCCGCCCACUGUACUAAUGAAUGGCCCGACGAUUACAGAGUCAAUGAGAUUGCCGUUACAUUUGUUGAUACUGACGAGCGCUCCCAGUAUUAUGUUGACAUCGAUCAG